CACGGUGACAAGCUCCCGUGGAUGGUAGCAGCUUAAAACAAACUUUAAGGGUUUAAGGCAUAGUGGCCGAUUUUGGGGUGGGCGUGCCCUACUUAGGCCUUUGUGACUUUUCUCCCUUCGUGGCUGCUACGGGAGAACUUCAACAUUUGAUUGUUUGGAUUUGCUUUCGUGUGACUUUCAGCCACUCCAUUUUGCAUCUGAUGCUGUAGGGAGAACGCCAGAGACAUUCAGUGGAGAGAGAGAGCACAUCAGAUUCAUAUUCGCCAUGGAUCCGAUGUGGGAAUGGUUCUGCGGCAAGAACACCUCUUACAUCUUGGGCUCCUCGCCCACCCCGAUCGAGCAGGGGAUCAACAACACCUGUUUCGUGAACGCUCUGGCCACCAUCCCCCAUGCCGGUUUCGUGGUCGUGGCCUCCCUGAUCCUGCUUGGGGUCGGGGUCUGCUCCAGCUACCGGGGCUACAACACCCGUUACCUGCUUCGAAUGCCGGGCCACACCUUCCGAUGGAUUGUGAGCGUCUUCCUGAUCUACAUCCUCCUGGCAGGGUUGGGUGAGGGGCUGCUCUCCGAUGCCACGUACCAGGCCUGGGACCUGCCGACCCAGCCCCACCUGUACGCCGGCUCUGCCCUGGCCAUCGUCACCACUGUGAUAUCCCUGAUCUACUACCACCACAUGGAGCUGUGGGAGCUACCCGGCAUGGACUUCCUCCUUCUCCUCUAUUGGAUCUUGGGGUUGAUGGUAGAGUUGCUGCGAGUCAUGAACCUCUACCAGAUGGAUUUGGUUGACGUUACCAUCAUCCGGUUCGACCUCUGCUGCCUGACCAUCCUCGGGUACACCAUCUUGAUUUUGAUUGAUCUCAACAUCAUCCGAGUCAAGGUCUUCGGAUUGUGUCAGAGCGGCCCGGUCGAGUUCCCGAAGGAUCUGAUGAACCCUGAUGUUGAGUACAUGUACUACUACGUCAACUUCAUGUCACAGCAGUUCUUCUGGUGGGUCAACUGGCUACUGUCCCUGGGCUAUAAGCGACCCUUGGAGCUGGACGACCUAGGAGAUGUUCCUGAGCGGCACGAAGCCAAGUACAAUUUUUAUAAGUUAAAGAAGGCACUGAAGGUUGAAUUGGAAAAAUGCGCCAAGAAUCCUGGGACGAUUCCCGCAAUGUGGAAGCUCUACUUCAAAGUCUACGGCGUGAAACUGAUCGGGGCUGGCGCCUUGAAGCUGGCAUCGGACUUCUGCGAGUUUGUUGGACCACUUGUCAUCGGAGGCCUGACGAAAUACGUCUCUACUCUUUCCUACCCAUCGGACGGGCCACCGGAUCCGCCUCACCGUGUAACGUUCAAUGAAUUCUUCGGCAACGGUUUCGUCUUGGUGGUCUUGCUGUUCUGCGCCUACUGCAUCAAGAUUGUCUGCCUGCAGGGCCACAUGCACCGAGCUAUCCUGCAGAGUAUCAACGUGCGGGCUGCGCUGCAGGGACUGGUGUACGAGAAGUCCUUGCGCCUGUCUACCUACGCCACCACUGGAGGCAUGAUGACGGUGGGACAGAUCACAAAUCACAUGUCGACCGACGCCAUGAACAUACUCUUCAUGUUCCAAACCAUCAAUUACAUGUGGUCCAUACCCAUGCAGGUGAUAAUCAUCUUGAUCCUGCUGUACGUGCAGAUGGGAGCGGCCGCUCUGAUUGGUGCUGCCUUGUUUUUAAUAGUUUUCCCCAUCCAGGUUAAGAUCGCUACGAUCAUCAGCAGAAGCCAGAAACAACUCCUGACACACUCUGACGAGCGCAUGAAGCAAGUCAACGAGCUGCUGCAGGGCAUCAAGUUGCUCAAGAUGUACGCCUGGGAGGAUCUGUACUGCAAAGGCGUAGAAGUCAUCCGUGAGAAGCAGCUGCGCUCCUUGCUCAACGUCAGCGCUGGCCUAGUCUUCACUAUAUUCUUCACGGCUGGCACUCCGGUUGUCGUCACCCUUGUUGCCUUCGGCAUCUACACCCCUCUGACCGGCAACACCCUGACUCCAGACAUCACCUUCUCGUCACUGUCUCUCUUCAACCAGCUAGCCGUGCCGCUCUUCCUGCUCCCAUUCUCCCUCUUCCUCCUCGUCAAUGCCAUCGUCAGCACCAAGCGACUGGCCGAGUUCUUCGUGGCGCCCGAGGUGGAGGGGAUUGGCGAAGACACUGAUGAGCUGGAGGAAGGCGAGGAGUGCCAAGAGAACGGCGAGACCAAGAAACUACCGAUCGAGUCUGCCCGGCAAGCCAACUUUCACCAGACCAGCAGCGCGGACGAGGCCGACGAGGAAGAAAAAGACGAGAAGUCGGGGCUCCUCGACGGCUCUAAGAAGCCCCCAAAGACCGACUAUGGCUCCAACGCCCUGCGUAAAGCAAUGGGACUGGAGAAAGAAGAGCCACUGGAUCCUAAAGUGGCCUUCAAGGUCUCAAGGGGUAAUUUCCUGUGGGAUCCGCAAGGCGCUCAGCCUUGUCUGACCGACAUCGAUGUUGAGAUACCGAAAGGUAAACUGACCAUGGUGGUAGGCUCCGUAGGUAGCGGCAAGUCAUCCCUGCUUGCUUCCAUGCUGGGUGAAAUGACAACCGUCUCCGGUCGGGUUCAAGUCGGCGAGAAUGAGACGAUUGCUUAUGCAGGACAGAAGGCCUGGCUUCUGAACGCCACGAUGCGUGACAAUAUACUGUUUGCAGAGAAAUACAGUGCCAACAGGUACAAACGUGUGAUCGAGGCAUGCGCCCUAAAGCCGGACAUUGAUAUCUUACCUGCUGGCGAUCAGACAGAGAUUGGAGAGAAAGGAAUCAACCUGAGCGGUGGACAGAAGCAACGAGUCAGCGUAGCCAGGACCAUGUAUUCCAGCAAAAGCGUCAUCGUGCUGGACGAUCCCUUGUCUGCCUUGGACGUGCAUGUGGGCCGUACUCUCCUGGAGGAAGGUAUCAGCAAGUGGCUGAUAGGACACAAGAAGACGGUCAUCCUGGUGACUCAUCAGCUGCAGUAUCUCAACAGAGCCGACCUGAUCAUAGUCAUGAAGGACGGACGGAUCGCAGCCCAAGGCGACCUGGAUGCCAUCAUUGCCGCCGACCCGGACAUGUACAGCGAGUACGACCAGGCCGUCAAAGCCGUCAGCGACAUGGAGUCCGAGAGCGAGAGCGGCACGGAGACGCUGCUGGAACGGGAGGCCCUGCGCCGCAAGUCGGCCCAGCUCAUCCGGCGCGUGUCCGCUCAGAACGUGGUCGUCCAGCCGGCCGGCAAGUUUGAAGGAGUGGAUGACAAGGAGUCGGGUGUCUUGAUUGAGAAGGAGGAGAUGGAACGCGGCUCGGUCUCCUUCAAGGUCUACGGCUACUACUUCCGGAACGUGGGCAUCCUGCUGAGCCUGGUGACUUUCUGCUCCGUCCUGCUCCUGUCCGGUCUUCAGAUCGGCACCAACUUCUGGCUCUCAGCUUGGUCCGAGGCAGGCUUGAGUAACGAAACUGGAUCCAGCAACACGAAGUACCUGGCCGGCUAUGCAGGUCUGUCCGCCUCCCUGCUCUUAGUCCGUUUGAUCUCCUCGACCUCGCUGAUUGCGGCAUCCCUAGUGGCCGCAAAAACCAUCCAUCAGCGGAUGCUUCGGAAUCUCAUCAAGGCCCCUCUCAGAUUCUUCGACACUACACCAAUUGGCCGCAUCCUGAACCGUUUUUCCAAUGAUACCACCAUGAUCGAUUCGAAACUAGCCCAGACAUUCAACUCAACCAUGGGCAGUUUCAUGGCGUGUUUCUCCGCGGUGAUAGUCAACACUAUCGUCAUGCCCUACUUCUUACUGUUCUUCACCCCCAUCGCCAUCGCCUAUUACUUCUUGCAGAGUUACUUUCUGUCAUCCUCCAGGGAAAUGCAGCGUCUUGACAACACCAGCAGAUCGCCCAUAUUCGCCUACUUCUCGGAGACCCUGAACGGACUGACCACCAUCCGUGCUUACAAGAGUCAGAAGCGUUUCUUCAACACCAUCAUCGAGCGCAUCAAUAAGAACCAAGUGGCCUACCUGUAUCUGCAGACCGCCAACCGAUGGCUUGGAGUUCGUCUGGAUUUCAUUGGUUCCCUGAUCGUGUUUACUGCCGGUAUGACAACCUUAGUUGGUGCCCUGACUCUGGGCUUGGAGCCCAGUCUUGUCGGACUGGCUAUCACCUACUCGCUCCAGAUUGCCGGCUUCCUCAACCUCCUCGUCCGAGGCGUGGCAGACACGGAGAUGCAGAUGAACUCAGUGGAACGGGUUGCUUUCUACUCCAACGUAGACAAUGAGCAGUAUGAAGGGAGGGAACCCCCUGACGAUUGGCCCAAGAAUGGCCGGAUUCAGUUCGACCGGGCGUCCGUCCGCUACUCGGCCGAUACCGACCCCGUGCUUCGAGCCGUGACGGUGGAUAUCGCGCCUGGAGAAAAGGUUGGAAUCUGUGGCCGUACGGGAGCUGGUAAAUCUUCCCUGACUCUUGCUCUACUACGUGUCAUCGACAUAUUUGGAGGUCGCAUUGUCGUCGACGGUAUUGACAUCAAAUCGGUCCCGCUGAAGACACUCCGAAGCAAGCUGUCCAUCAUUCCCCAGGAUCCCGUGCUGUUUACUGGUACCAUCAGGGGAAAUUUGGACCCACUUCACGAGAAGACCGAUAGUCAGUUGUGGGAAUCCCUCGAGAUAUCUCAGCUCAAAGACGUUGUGGCUGAGUUGGACGGUGGACUGGAUGCCCUGGUGACUGAGGGUGGUGAGAAUUUCAGCGUUGGUCAGCGGCAGCUGUUCUGUCUGGCUCGUGCCUUCCUGCGCAAGUCCCGCAUCCUCAUCAUGGACGAAGCCACCGCCUCCAUCGACUUGGAGACGGACAAGCUACUACAGAAGGUGGUCAUCACUGCCUUUGCUGACAGAACCGUCCUGACUAUUGCACACCGAAUCGCCACCAUCCUGAACUCCGACAAGAUCCUGGUCUUGGACGAGGGCAAGGUGGCCGAGUUCGACUCACCCGACAACCUGAUGCAAUUGGACGGCAGUCUCUUCGCGUCCUUCGUCAGAGACAAACAAUAGAGUGUCGACGAAUCUCCCUGUACCCCCGGGGCCGGGGGAGACUUAGGUUGCCGGAAAAGAAUCUCAACAUUUUCCGGCCGUCGCAAAUUUGAAAAAGUGGGAGACACUAGAGGGCGUUUUACAUAAACAAAACUUGUACUUACAUGUACAUAGCCCUUUCAACCCUCUACCACCAUUUUCUGCCGUGGAAUUUACUUUAGAUGCACACUACAAUCUUUGUUGCAAUACUUCUCUUUUUAGCUGUUUCGGCACGCCAGCCGAAACAUCUCUUGUUUAAACUCGCUUUUGGUCGUUGGCCGUUCCACCACCACCACUGCCCUGUUGCUACGCCACCAGAAACAGUUAGAAAUGCAUACGGUAGUAAGAAUGAGCGCGGUUAGAGCUUAGUUGAACAAUCGAUUUGUACAUAUUUCACCCAUUUCACGGCCAUCGAAUCAGUUUUUUCGGUUGUUUUGUUUCCUUUCUUUGUUUUUCUUACAUUUAUAUCAGUGUUAAACAUAUAUAUUCAAAGUAAAAUAAGUAUAAAGGAAACUGAAAUGCAUGUACGUAUACAAACUGAAAUUGCCAGAUAUUCCAAAACUUUAUAUAAAAUUGAAAAUAUUACAAACGUGAAAAAAAGAUAAAUUUGAUUUUGUUUUUAACGGUUGUUUACAUAAGGUCCAACAUGCUCUUCUGCGGUCUGCAGUUGAUUGAAUAUUUAACCAUGUUAACAUGAGAAUUAUUUUGCCGGAUUUAUUACAAUGUAGGUUACAAAAAAAGUGUUGAUAAUUUUUAAGAUAUAACGGCUUUGUCCGUAAAAUACGCUUAAGGCUGUGACGUCACGAAGUUUAAAUUUCACCGAGAUUGCUCUGAACCUUAAAGUGCAUUUAACAAGUGUCAAUUGUAAUCAAUUAUUCAUAUGCUAUUGUGCUGUAUAUUCCGAGUAUGACUAACCGAUAGCUUUGGACUCUAUGCAUGAGUACCCCCUCAACGGUGAGAAUGAGGAUGAGCGCAAGACCAAAGGACCAGUUCGUGCAAGCUGGUACGCAUACAUAUUAAAGAUAAGUUUUGAGUAACGCGUGUGAACCAGCGAAAUGUCCUUCGCAGACUCAGCUUCUUUCGAUUCACAGCGCGCCCUCCUUCGUCCAAUGCAUGGAGUCCUUAGAGGUGACGUCACGUUUCUCAGUAUUGUUGUGGUAGUUUAGUUUAUUAACUCCGCCAAGGAGGUUAUGUUUUCAUCGGAUUUGGUUAGUCUGUUGGUUGGUUGGUUUGUCUGUUAACAAGAUAACUAAGAAAGUUAUGGACGGAAAUGCAUAAAAAUUUUUUUUUUACAAGUGGUCCUUGGUGCAAGUACAAAUCGGUUCGAUUUUGGAAGUGAUCCGGAUCUGGGUCCGGAUCCAGGAUUUUUUUUUAAAGGAUUCUUCACCAUUUAUGCGAGCAUUUCUGUUGGGUGCACUGACAACAUGGCGGCGAAUUGUUAGCCUUUGCAGAGGUUUGCGCUCUCUGAGUGCUUUGUAGCUUCAUCAUGUAGUAAAAAAGUUGGAACUUAGAAGUUUCAAAAGGAUCCAUUCGUACGUUUUAGUUUAAUGUAAGUUACUUUGCUAUAUUUAAAGGAAAAAGCUCAAUGUAAUACAUGUACUUAAGAAGAUGCUUAUUUGAGUGAAUAAUUCAACAAAGUAAUAAAAAAAGGCAUUUCAAGUUAAAGGUAAAGGUUUUGAUUUUAGGAUAUCGAUUAUACUAUAAACGUUUAAUUGUUGAAUCUCUUUCUUGAAAGAAAUCAUACUGCAAUAACGUUUGCAAAAUGCAAUGAUAUUAACAACAAUAUUUGCUAGGACUAUUUGAACCGCAUGAGUGUUUUUGUUUUCAAAUCGAUUUCAAAAGCCGCAGCAAGCUGCUGCCCAUAUAAUUGAUUUUUUUGUCACUAUUUACAUCGACAAACAUUUUUUUAAAAGCAAAUUACGUCAUUAAAAACAGUGUUCAGCACCUGCAUCACAGGAAUUUAUGUAGAAGCUGUUAUUAACGUUGAGAUUAGUUUUUUCCUGCAAUCGUUUACUUAAAAUUAACGUUUAAUUGACAAUUUGUAACUUAGGAUGAGGUUUAAAUGAAAAGAAAAGUGUCACUGGUUGGAAUUAAUAGCGUUAUCAACAAGAUACACUUUUGGAUUGUAGUGAGCAUUGUCUUAUACGCAUUUGUCUGUCACUAUCAAAUGUUAAGAACUAACCUGUUCAGUUUUCAGCUCGUAAGAGUUUGAGGUAUAGAAUAUCACUUAGUGGAUGAAAAUUCGCAACUUGGGACUUUCAAAAUUAUGAUUCUUUUGGAGACCAUACAAUUGGUUACAGGUUUGAGUACGCAGUUUUCAAGUAAACAGGCACACAACGCAUAAUGAUAGCCCUAACCUUGUGUUAAUGUAAUUAGCUUUUAAAUACUUAAAAUUAUAAUUUGAUCGUUGCUUCGAAUAAGGGAAAUCAAUAAAGAAUGUUUAAAAAUCACA